AUGGCUGCGGAGCGUGACACGCCUGGUCACGUGGGGCGCGCCGCGCUGCCCCCGCCCGCCCCCCGCCGCCAGCCGCGCGCGCCCCCGGGGCCUCCCGAGUGUUGUGACUCGGUCCGGUGCGUCCCGCCGUCACCGCUGCUUCUUAAAGGGGCAGGCAACGCCCCGCUCCCCACUGGCCUGGCGGCGGCUACCCCGGCACGCCGGCGAUCCCGCCGCCCCGAGCCGUGCAAAACAAAGAGGCACCGGAAGCAGCGGCGGCGGGGAGGGGGCCGGCCCGGCGGGGGGCGGGAGGCGGGAGGGAGGGAGGGGAGGGCCGGUGGCGGGCGGGGGGGGCAGGCCCGGGCCCGGCGUCGGCGAACAAAGAGCGGCGGGAGGGGGCGGGGGCGCCGCAGCGGCACCGGAGCGGCGGCCCAGGCCAUCGCUGCAGGAUCCAAGGUGCUGGUGUCUUGCCCUGCCUGGAGCCUGAGGUCCCGCGUGCCCAUCCGCUUCCUGACGUCACCAAUGCGACCAUGGGAACUGGCAGUGAAUAGGCGGCCACCCUCUGCCCCUUUUAACCAGCGCCGUUUCUCAGGGGGACCCUGCAGCAGCCCUGACCACCUCCGGCGAAGCCCCCCUGCCAGGCGUCAGUGGGGACGACGCGACCGACCUCUGGCAACCCUGCUAGGCCAGGAUGAGCCCCAGCUGCACCCUGCCUUCCCCCAGCAGCCGCACAUCCCUGUAGAUGAGCCCCGCGCCUACGCUCUCCCCAGCACACCACCACGAAUGCUUCACCCGGCUGCUCACCCGCCCCACCAGAACCCAUUCAUGGUGGAUCUGCAUGACCAGGUGCACCAGGGACCUGUCCCUCUCUCCUACACGGUUACCACUGUCACGACGCAAGGCUUCCCUAUCCACGCCGGCCAGCACAUCCCUGGGUGCAGCACCCAGCAGCUCCCAGCAUGCUCAGUGAUGUUCAGUGGACAGCACUACCCGCUCUGCUGCCUCCCGCCCCCGCUGAUCCAGGCAUGCGCCAUGCAACAGCUUCCCGUCUCCUACCAGACAUUCCCCCCCAUCAUCUCCAGCGACCAUUACAUUCUGCACCCUCCUCCACCGCCAGUGCCCCCCCACCAGCCGCCCCACAUGGCUCCCCUGGGGCAGUUUGUACCUCUCCAAGCCCAGCACCCACGCAUGCCUCUGCAGAGGAUAGAUAAUGAUGUGGACCUGCGAGGGGAGCAGCACCCCAUUGCGGGCUUCACGUACCCCCCAUCCCACCACGCUCCCACACUGUCCCCUUCUGUGCCACUGCAUUACCUCUCCCAUGACCCGCUGCACCAAGAACUGCCAUUUGGCGUGCCAUACCCCCACAUGAUGCCCCGGCGGCUGAACACCCAGCGGUACCGGCUGCAGCAGGCGCUGCCCCCACCACCGCCCCCUCCACCACCCCCUCCAUACUACCCGAGCUUCCUGCCCUAUUUCCUCUCAAUGCUUCCUGUGUCGCCAACGGCUGUGGGGCCCACAAUCAGCCUAGACCUGGAUGUGGAUGAUGUGGAGAUGGAAAAUUAUGAGGCAUUGCUAAACCUGGCUGAGAGGCUGGGGGAGGCCAAGCCACGGGGACUCACCAAAGCAGAUAUCGAGCACCUCCCGUCUUACCGCUUCAAUCCUGAGAGCCACCAAUCCGAGCAGACCCUGUGUGUCGUGUGCUUCAGCGACUUUGAGGCCCGGCAGCUUCUUCGCGUCCUGCCCUGCAACCACGAGUUCCACGCCAAGUGUGUCGACAAAUGGUUAAAGGCAAACCGCACGUGCCCCAUCUGCCGGGCGGACGCGUCGGAGGUGCAGCGGGAGGCGGACUGA